AUGCCUUACCUCUACCGGGCGCCCGGGCCCCAGGCGCACCCAGUUCCCAAAGACGCCCAGACCACCCACUCCUCAGGCCAGAGCUUCGAGCAACUGAGGCAGGAGUGCCUGCAGAGGGGCACCUUGUUCGAGGAUGUAGACUUCCCAGCCAACGACUCCUCCCUGUUCUACAGUGAGAGACCCCGGGUCCCCUUCGUGUGGAAACGGCCAGGGGAAAUCGUGAAAAACCCAGAAUUCAUCCUUGGAGGGGCCACGAGGACAGACAUCUGCCAGGGGGAGCUUGGAGACUGCUGGCUCUUAGCCGCCAUCGCCUCCCUCACGCUCAAUGACAAGGCGCUGGCCCGUGUCGUGCCCCAGGACCAGAGCUUCGGCCCGGGCUAUGCAGGGAUUUUUCAUUUCCAGGCUAAUAACUCUGAACGAGCAGAGCAACAUGAAGGCAUCAGAGGGUGGAACCUUCUGGAAAGUGCCAGUAAUGCUCUCAGUGAUGUCAUGGCAAAGCCGAGGCUGAACGGAAGCUACGAAGCCCUGAAGGGAGGCAGCGCCAUCGAGGCCAUGGAAGACUUCACCGGGGGUGUGGCAGAGACCUUCCUCACGAAGGAGGCCCCAGAGAACUUCUACGAACUUCUAGAGAAGGCCUUGAAGAGGGGCUCCCUGCUGGGCUGCUCCAUUGAUGUCAGAAAUGCUGCAGAAACUGAAGCCCGGACGCCUUUUGGGCUCAUUAAAGGUCACGCCUACACCGUGACAGGGGUCGACCAGGUAAACUUCCGAGGCCAGAAAGUCGAGCUCAUCAGAGUCCGGAACCCUUGGGGCCAGGUCGAGUGGAACGGGUCAUGGAGCGACAGCUCCCCAGAGUGGCAAUCGGUUGGCCCCGCGGAGCAGACGCGCCUGAAUCACACGGCUCUGGACGACGGGGAAUUCUGGAUGGCUUUCAAGGAUUUCAAGGCCCAGUUUGACAAGGUGGAGAUCUGCAACCUCACCCCGGACGCUCUGGACGACGGUGCCCUCCACAAGUGGGAGGUGACCAUCCAUCAGGGAAGCUGGGUGCGGGGCUCCACGGCUGGAGCCUGCCGCAAUUUCCUGGAUACCUUUUGGACCAAUCCGCAGAUCAAGCUGUCCCUGACCGAGAAAGACGAGGGGCAGGAGGAAUGCACUUUCCUCGUAGCCCUGAUGCAGAAAGACCGAAGGAAACUCAAGCGAUUCGGGGCCAACGUCCUGACCAUCGGCUACGCCAUUUACCAGUGCCCCGACGGAGGCGAGCGCCUGGACAGAGACUUCUUCAGGUUCCACGCCUCCCAGGCCAGGAGCAAAACCUUCAUCAACCUGAGGGAAGUCUCCGGCCGCUUCAGGCUGCCCCCCGGGGAGUACGUCCUCAUCCCCAGCACCUUCGAGCCUCACCAGGAAGCCGAUUUCUGCCUGAGGAUCUUUUCAGAGAAGAGAGCUGUUACCCAGGACAUGGACGGAAGUGUGGACAUUGACCUUCCUGAGCCUACAAAACCGUCUCCACCAAGCGAAGAGACAGAGGUUUUUCAGUUCCGGGCCCUGUUUGAGCGGAUUGCUGGAGAGGACAUGGAGGUGACCGCAGAGGAACUGAAAUACGUUCUCAAUGCAGUGCUGCAAAAGAAAAAGGACAUCAAAUUCAAGAAGCUAAGCCUGAGCUCCUGUAAAAACAUCAUUUCUCUAAUGGACACCAGUGGCAAUGGGAAGCUGGAGCUGGACGAGUUCAAAGUGUUCUGGACCAAGUUGAAGGAGUGGAUUAAUCUUUUCCGUCAGUUCGAUGCUGACAAAUCGGGCACCAUGUCCUCCUACGAGCUGCGGACAGCACUGAAAGCCGCAGGCUUCCAGCUGGGCAGUCACCUGCUGCAGCUCGUUGUCCUCAGGUAUGCCGACGAGGGGCUGCAGCUGGACUUCGACGACUUCCUCUGCUGGGGGGGGGAGGGGGGGAGCCGGGUGUUCCAGGCUCUCAGAAUGAAGAAUAAGGAGUUCAUUCAACUCAACAUAAAUGAGUUCAUCAACUUGACAAUGAACAUUUGAGGACACUCUGGCAGAGAUGGGACCUACCCAGCUGAGCCUGAGCUUUCGGACCACGGACUUCGGGACUCCUCCACUGCGGAGCGUCAUGCCAGGACUCUGUGCCCCCCCAUUGUCUAGCCCGUUCACCUUCUCUGAUGUUAUGCUACUUCUCUGUGAAGUCACUGCCCUACAGGGGCUGAUGGCCCCCUGUGCCGCAUGCCCGGGCUCGGCACUUUCUCUCCCUCCUCCAGGUCUGAGUGCGCAGAAUACUGGCUUCAAGGUUGCUUCAGUUAAGCACAAGAAGGCAGAGGAAAGAAAGAAACUAGUUUCAAGGAACUAGAAGAAUAAAAAGCAAUCAAGGAAAUGAAAAGAUCAACAAAAUUGAUAAACUUUCAGCUAAACUGAUCAAGGAAAAAAUAUAAUUCAACAAAAUCAGAAAUAGGAGCGGGGCACCACUGCUAAGCCUAGAGAAGUGAGAACGAUAAGUGAAUAUAAUCAGUGACUUCAUGCUAACAAAUUAGACAACCUAGAUACAAUUUUAAAAUUUCUUGCAAGAAAUAAAUGACCAAAACUAACUUAAAAUGAGACUGAAAAAUUCUGAAUAGACCUAGAACAAGUGAAGAAAUUGAAAUAAUAGUCUUUAAAUCCUCGCCUGUGCAGAUAACUUCAGUGAAUUUGCCAUAAUAUUUAUAGAAGAAGCAACACCCAUCUCCCACAGCUCCUCCAGGGUACUAAGGGAGAGAGACCACUCAUUCUAUAUGACUGGGAUUACCCUGACGAAGCCAGACACGAGAAGAAAACUGGGGACCAACAUCUCCAUAUUGAAAUAAUUCCUCACAAAAUAUUAGCAAACCUAAUUCAGGGCAAUUAAUAAAAGAUUAAAUACUGUGACCAAAUAGGAUUUAUCCUAGGAAUGCAAGUUUGGCUUAAUAUGCAAAAAUUAAUCCAUGAUUAUACCUCUAUAACAGAAUAAAGCACAAAACCCCCGAUUGUUUCAAUCACAGAAACAAAUGUUCACAAAGCCCAACCGUUUGUGAUUAAAGCCCUUUCAGAACAAGGAAGAGAAGGACGUGUUCUUGACUUUGUGAAAGGCAUCUGUGAGCACAGUGGUUGAACUUUGUGGAUCCCACAUGCCUGACUGUGGCUUGAAUCCCCGCCCAGCAGCAUGUGCACAUGCG